AUGAGGGUAAUAUCUUGGAAUGUCCAAGGACUUAGUACCCCUGCAACUAGAGAUCACCUUAGAGACAUUAUCAGAACUCAAAAUCCUGACAUCAUUUUUCUAUGUGAAACAAAACUUCCUAUUAGAUUCCUAAAUGCUAAAUAUCUUCAACCAGUAAGACUCUUUGGAGGGUUAGUUCUUAUGUGGAAGGAUGGUUUUGUUUGUGAUGUUGUAAGCUGUGAGAAUAACAUGAUUCAUGCAGCUAUUCAAAGUGAUCCAAGUCAACCAGAAUGGCUUUUGUCUUGUAUGUAUGGCUAUUGUGACUAUUCUAAAAAGAAAGUACAAUGGGGUUUCAUUAAAGACAUUGGUUUAAACAUUGCUCAGCCUUGGAUUCUUCUAGAAGUUGGUUUAGAAGAUUUGGGUUUCAUAGGCAGAGAACACACUUGGUCAAACAACAACAUGGGAAGUGAUUCUAAACUACUUCAUCUAACUCAAAUGGGAAGUGAUCAUUGCCCAAUUAUGCUGGUAACUGAUUAUUUUCAACCUAAGUUAUGGAAGCCUUUUAAGUUUUUCAAAACUUGGCUACAUGAUAGAUCUUGUGCAGCUGAAGUAGCAAAAGCAUGGGGAAAGUCUGUUCAAGGUUCACCAGGUCAUAAGCUUAUUAAGAGACUUCAAUUUACCAGAAUAACUCUCUCCAACUGGAAUAAAACUCACUUUGGAGAUGUUAAUCAGAAUGUUGAUUCUCUACAAGAACAAUUAUCUGCAAUACAAGCUUUACCUUUCUCUCAAGAAAACACUAGAAAGGCAGUUGAAGUGGGUAGGGAAUUGGAUAAAUGGCACCGAAUUCAGCAUGAUUUCCAUAAACAAAAAUCAAUAGAUAACUUUGUUAAAUAUAUGGAUUAUAAUACUCAAUAUUUUCAUACCUUAACUAAGAGGAAGAGGGACAGGUAUAACAUUGACUCCUUAAGAGAUGCUAAUGAUGAUGACAACAUAAUACUUCUUUUGCCACCUACUAAUGAGGAGAUACUUAAAACAGUAAAGGGUAUGGAGAGUUGGUCAGCACCAGGACCUGAAUGUUUCCAAGCAGGUUUCUACAAGACUCAGUGGAAUAUAUUGGGAGAAGAUGUGUGUCACAUGGUUAAGAAUUUUUUCUCUAUAAAGUUCUUACCAAAGGAGAUAAAUAAAACUUACAUAUCCUUAAUUCCAAAAAAGAACAAAGCUUGUGCUCCUGCUGAUUUCAUACCUAUUGGACUGUGUAAUACUUCUUACAAGAUUAUCUCAAAGAUUUUGGUCUCAAGAAUGAAGCCCCUCAUGGAGAGAAUUAUUUCUCCUUAUCAAGCAGCUUAUGUGUCAGGAAGAUUGAUCAAUGACAACACCAUGAUAGCUCAUGAAUUAGUUCAUUUUAUGAAAAAGAUGGAAGGUGCAAGUGGCUGGAUAGCUCUCAAACUAGAUAUGUCAAAGGCUUUUGAUAGACUUGAAUGGCCUUUUCUUCUUAAAAUUCUGCAAAGUUUUGGUUUCUGUGAAGAAUGGUGUCAGCUGAUACAUCAGUGUAUAAGCACUACUUCAUUAUCUGUCAUUCUCAAUGAUGAUUGUCUCAUUUUUACUCAAGCAAAUUUAACCAGUGUGAAUAAUCUUUUGCAAGUUCUGCAAGACUUUAAUUCACAAUCUGGUCAGAUCAUUAAUUUUGAAAAAAGUUCUAUUUUUGGGAUAGACUUCAAAGUAGAGCCACUUCAUCCUAAUCAUUUUCAACUGGCUUUUGUUAGUGAGCUAAUAAUUCCUGGUACUAACAAUUGGAAUGAGCCAUUACUUCAUAUCUUGUUCACUACUGAUAUAGUGGAAAAAAUCAAAAAUAUGCAACUGUUACAGAAUGAAGAUGAUGUAAUGAAAUGGCUCCCUUCCAUAGAUGGUAAUUUCACAGUUAAGAGUACCUAUAAUAAGCUCAUGGAAACCAGAGUUCAACAACAAGUUUCUUUAAAUACUGUUCCAAAAGCGGUGUUGAAAGAGCUGUGGAAAAUGAAAUGCCUCACCGUGUAA